AUGUCCCUAACCCGCCGCAUUAACCUUCUGGUUGGCCUCUCAAAGUCUCUACAAUUCUCAAAUCGUCGUCACAUGUCCACCUGCGUCGCCUCAGCCACCGUGGCACGCUACCCGCUUGGAAAAGACCUCUCCUGGCUUCCCAGGAACCCGACGUCCGAGGAUGUAAACCGGGCGGCGGAUCUCGUAAAGGGGCGUCCUGUUUCUCUGCUAUACAGAGUCUUGACGAUGAUUGAGCUGUCAGAUGUUGACGGAGCCGUUGAGUUGGCUCGUCUCUCUGUCUUGAAAGAUGAUCGUGGUGGCCACGACACCAUCUUCAUAUGCAACGCCGUGAUCGGAGCCAUGUGCCAAGCGAAACGUUUCGAAGAAGGCAUCGGUCUGUUCCAUUACUUCUUCAACGAGAAUAACAUCGUCCCUAACAUCGUCUCCUUCAACCACGUGAUCAAAGCCUUUUGUGACCUAGGCCGUGUCGACGACGCCCUUCAACUCUACCGUCACGCUGCUCGGUUCGGUGCAGACAAAGAGACAUUCAGUGUUUUGACUCAAGCCUUGGUCCACGCCUAUGGCUACGGGGAAGCUGGAAUAUUCGUGGGAUUAAGUAGAUGCUUAACUACGGCGGAUGAUUGGACGCCCAUGCUCAUUGAGAUUCGUGGGCGCUUGGAUCAGAUGAAUGCUGAAGAUGCUGAUGAUUACUUUCACACGAAUAGGCUGAAGUUCGAUGAUGAUGAUGAUGAUGGAGUUUUCAAAUCGAUUGCUACGAUAUUUGUGGAAUAUUGGCUCAAACAUGACAAUGAAGAGAAAGCAAUGGAGUGCUAUAGCACUAUCCGUACUUGGGAAAGCUUGCCUGCCACCACCGGGAACACCCUUUUAAGGAUUUUGCUAGAAAAUUGCAAGAGAACUGAGGCUGGGGCCUUGAUCGAAGUAAAUGCUAAGGACUUGUUUCACAACAUGUUGAAAAAACACAAACGUUUUGAUUCAGAGACCAUUAACAUAAUGGUGGACUACUGGUUCAAUAUUGGCGAGUUUAACAAGGCCAUGGAGACAUUCAACGAGUCACAACAACAGGGAAGAAAGAUAAUGGUUCGGUGUUAUAGUAACGUGAUCGCUAGGCUUUGCGAGCGUGGGAUGAUGUCGGAGGCUGAAGGUUUGUUUGAGGACAUGUGUUCAGACAAAGACUUGUCUCCUCCUCCUGAUGUGUCUACAUUCAGAUCCAUGGUCAAUGGAUAUGUUCGUGCUGGAAGAGUUGAUGAUGCCAUCAAAACCUCGAACAAAUUAGCAAUUUUGAAACUGCGCAAGGUUUCUGUUUAUGAGGACUGA